CACGAAACUUUCAUUCUUCCUACCUUGAUCUCUGAAUUCGCGCCGACGUCACUAUCGCAAAGAUGGAGGUCGCGCGAGGCAAGACUGAGGAUGAGAAACAGGCGGCGGCAAAAGCUGAGUACGAGAAGCUUUUGACCAUGCGAUCUGGUGGCACCUACAUCCCACCCGCCCGACUACGAGCCCUUCAGUCCCAGAUCACCGACAAGACCAGCAAGGAAUACCAGCGCAUGGCAUGGGAAGCUUUGAAGAAGUCGAUCAACGGUUUAAUCAACAAAGUCAACGUCUCGAAUAUCAAGCACAUCGUUCCGGAGCUUUUUGGCGAGAACUUAAUCAGAGGUCGAGGACUCUUUUGCCGAUCCAUUAUGAAGGCGCAGGCUGCCAGUUUGCCCUUCACACCAAUAUACGCAGCGAUGGCGGCUAUUGUGAAUACCAAGCUCCCGAACGUGGGCGAGCUCCUCCUGAAGCGGCUCAUCGUUCAGUUCAAGAAGGGAUUUAAGAGGAAUGACAAAGCUGUAUGCCUUUCUGCGACAACCUUCAUUGCUCAUCUAUGCAACCAACAAGUGGCCAGCGAGGUCGUUGCGGCACAAGUACUUCUGCUUCUUCUUCACAAACCAACAGAUGACAGCGUGGAGAUUGCUGUUGGGUUGACAAGGGAGGUCGGGCAACACCUGGAGGAGAUGAACCAAGCCAUUGCCUUAGCCGUCUUCGACCAAUUUCGGAGCAUUCUACACGAGGCUGAUAUCGACAAGAGGGUGCAAUAUAUGAUUGAGGUUCUGUUCCAGGUUCGGAAAGACAAGUACAAGGACAAUCCUGCCAUCAAAGAGGAACUAGACUUGGUGGAGGAAGAAGAUCAAAUCACCCAUGUCAUUGCCUUGGAUGACGAAAUCGAUGUGGAAGAUGGUCUGAAUAUUUUCAAAUUUGAUCCACAGUGGGAGGAGAACGAAGAGGAAUAUAGAAAGACGAAGGCGGAAAUCCUUGGGGAGGGUAGUGGUGAGGAAGGCGACGAGGACGAUAGUGAUGAUAGCGAAGACAACGAAGAGAGACAAGAAGAGAAGGUAUUGGAGAUUAAAGAUCAGAGCAAUACAGAUCUUGUCGCCCUCCGAAAAACGAUAUACCUGACAAUUAUGUCCAGCAUCGAUCCGGAAGAAUGUUGCCACAAGUUGAUGAAAGUCCAACUUCCCGCUGGCUUAGAGCCCGAGCUUCCUUCUAUGAUCAUCGAAUGCUGCUCGCAGGAGAAGACGUAUUCAAAGUUCUAUGGCCUCAUCGGUGAGAGGUUUGCCAAGAUCAACCGUCUUUGGACCCAGCUUUUCGAGGAUUCCUUCGCCAAAUAUUAUGACACUAUCCAUCGAUACGAAACAAACAGACUGCGAAACAUUGCGCGCUUCUUUGGCCAUCUCAUUAGCUCCGAUGCCAUUGGAUGGCACGUCAUGUCUGUCAUUCAUCUGAAUGAGGAGGAAACGACUUCUAGCAGUCGCAUUUUCAUUAAAAUUCUCUUUCAAGAUCUCUCGGAGGCCAUGGGCAUGAAGAAAUUGCAAGAUCGCCUAAAGGAAGACCUUCUCCGACCCUACUUUGAAGGACUCUUUCCUCAUGAUAACCCCCGCAAUACAAGAUUCUCCAUCAACUACUUCACUUCUAUCGGCAUGGGAGCUGUUACCGAGGAGAUGCGAGAAUAUCUUCAAAAUAUUCCGAAACCCGCGUUACCAGCGCCGGUGCCUGAGGAUUCGGACUCCGAGUCAGAGAGCUCAGUAUCAAGUUAUUCGUCGCGCAGUGGCUCGUCUUACUCGAGAUCGCCAAAUCGUGGCCGCAAGCGUUCAUUAUCAAGAUCAAGAUCACGAUCCAGUUCUCGCUCACCAUCUCGGUCGAUCUCCAGGCCAAGACUGAGACGUUCAAAUCGUUCAAGAUCUCGAUCAAGCUUGGGACGCUCGACUCGCUCAAGAUCUCGAUCAGACUCCCGUUCAAAGAUUGGACGUUCAACUCGUGCGAGACUGCCCUUAAGAUCUCGGUCUACAUCGCGAACACCACCUAGAAGGAUUGGAAGAGAGAGACAGAGAGGCCGGAGUCUGACGAGAUCAAUGUCACGCUCGGUUACGCCGCCGCGAAGAGCAACACGUCGGGAUAGUCGGUCACCGUCACGAAGCGGCGGAAAGAGAAGGCGUGUUGAUAGCGAAUCGAUGUCUCCUCUGCCUAAAAGGGGCAGGCGAUAUAGCUGAGAAUAGAUUUGUAAGUUAUGAAAUGGGGGUUUGUCGGCACCAGCCAAGCAUUGCUGGAGUCUAAUUAACACAAUCGAAUGGCCUAGCGUUGUUUCUACGAGUAUAACUCCGUGACCGCUGAAAAAUCCACUGCUAC